AUGUUUGAAGAAGUGGACGAUACAUCGCGUCGUGAAAAGUGUUUCACAACCAUCGCUCAACUGCCGGCAUUCAUCGACUCAAAGCAGAUCCCUGGCAAGAGAUCGCCCUUUUCUACGAUUCAAAAUCAUGCAUUUGUACACUCAGUCGAGGUUAUCUUCCCAAGGGAGCUCUACUCACAGAUCAAGCCGUCGCUCGAGACCAAACUAGAAAAACCUCGAUAUGCACGAGUCUUCAUGGCUCCUUCGGCUCUGCUUGAGCAUGAUUUCUUCAAUACAUAUAUCAAGUCAGGUAAUAUUUUGAUGAUCUCUGAAGGACGCUCGGGAUCCGAUAAUGUCUUCACACUUCAAGAUGGCGUACUUCGAAUGGAACUAGGAAAGGAGAUCUAUGAGCGAACAGGUCUCACGGGCAAGCCGUUCCGCAGCGGCGGCAGAAAGCAUGCAAAAGAAAGAUUCUUGGUUGAAUUGAACUUACGGCUGCCCUCGAUGCUACAUGGCAAGAAAGGCUUCGAAAGAAUCGUACGGGCAUUCACCAAUGUUCUGACUCAAUCAAUGGCCUGGCUCUUCCACGACCUGGAAAGCAACCCCGGUCUAGAUGAAGGAAACAAGCCGAUCAAUAAGCUUCAACCACAGUUGAUAACCUGUGAGCCACAGGAAAUUGAUCACGAGCAAAUAAUGACUCCGCCGUUUUACAAAAACGGGAAAGUACUCGAGGAAAUGUCGGAAGGUGAUCUGCAGGAACAUUGUGGCUCCCUAUCCGAAUGGCUUGCCAUGGUUCAGAUGGCAUCUCCGCGAUUAUCUGGGGAAGAUGACGUCGAUCCGUACCUGAGUCGGUAUGCGGUUCCAGACGCAGAUGAAAGCCAGGCCUCUGAUUCGAUGAGCUUAAAAUGGCAUGGUUUGAUAUCGUCCCGUUGGAUCAUGCGGCUGUUCCUCAAUAUGUUGCAAAGCACCAAGGCUAGCAAUCUAUCCUGGUUUGCGCUUGCCGUCGCUACUCUGGGCAAAGAAGCUGUGGAAGGAAGGGACGGAUUCACGGUUAUGGUCCUUCCUAGUGGACAAUCCAGUGGACAGCCCAGUGUAUCCAUCGAAGAGUCCCAGGUGAAUGGUGAAGGAACCACUGAACCUGGUGGUCGUGUUACUUUAUGUUGGGAGUUGAUGGGGGCAUCAGUGACCGAACCCUGA